AUGUCACAAAAUGCACCAUCGUCUAGCGUAGCUUCUGAGGUAUUAGCACCUCAACCCACUUCCAAAAUUUACAAGCAAACCAUUAAUACAACAUAUGAUGUCGAGAAAACCCCGAAAAAAAAAGUUAUAUAUCCAUUUUGGUUGGGAGGCGCCGCUGCAAUGACAGCAGCCACAGUGAGUCACCCAUUUGAUUUGAUAAAAGUGCGUCUGCAAACGUCAAAAGGAGCCGCAAAGGCCAGUGCAUUACAAACUGCAAUUAAUAUAAUACGUACUGAAAGUUUCUUCGGACUAUAUCGUGGUUUGAGCGCAAGUCUGCUACGACAGGCCACUUAUUCCACAAUGAGAUUCGGAACAUAUGAAAAAGUCAAGCUUCUUUUGGCCAAAGACGGUCAGGAACUUUCAUUCACGAAAAUGGUAUUUGCCGGUGCUGUGGGUGGCGCUGUUGGUGGUGUAUCUGGUAAUUCUGCCGAUAUUGUAAUGGUUCGGAUGCAGAACGACGCCAAAUUAGAACCACAUUUACGACGCAAUUAUCGACACGCUUUUGAUGGUCUGAUACGAAUUGGGAAGGAAGAAGGAAUAAACGGAUUUUUUCGUGGGGUGGGACCUAAUGUCAAUCGUGCUAUUUUGAUGAAUGUAUCGCAAGUGACCACGUAUGAUGUGUUUAAGCUAUCAUUAUUGAAAACUGGUUAUUUCAAAGAUAAUAUAUGGACUCAUUUUAGUGCGAGUUUAUUAUCGGGUUUGGUCGCAACUACGAUAUGUUCUCCCGCAGAUGUUAUAAAAACGCGUAUUAUGAAUUCAGGCUCAAAACCAAAGAGUGCUUUUUCGAUCUUAUUAACUAUCAUUCAACAAGAAGGACCUUUUGCUCUCUUCAAAGGCUGGGUGCCUGCAUUCGCGCGUCUUGGCCCGCACACCAUCAUAACGUUUAUUGUGCUAGAAAAGAUGAAAGAACUUUACAUUAGAAAGGAAAUAUUUGGGAUAAAAUUUUCUUCUCAAUAG